AGCAACAGCAGCUGCGUUCUCGCCAAGUAGCCGCAGUCAGCAAGCGGACAACACGUGGGUCUGACUUCAUUGAACAACGAUAUAUAUUUUUUCUUGUAGUGUCGUGUUUUCUCCCUUUUUCCUUUGCUAUUCAACUGUCGUCACGGCAGGCUGCGCGCCGCUGAGCACGACGUCAUUGUGAACACCGAUUUUGUCUUCUUUCUUCCUCUUAUUUUAUUUACUUCGUUUUCCGUCUGUGAAUUUCUUUUACUGUUUUCUACAGUUCUGUGCAUUUCUCAUUUUUUUACAGUUCCCUGCGUUGUUCCCCGCCGGUGCUUUUAUGCAGUGAAGUAUCGGUCUCAUAAACCAAGGACACACGCAUACACCCAUCCAAGCAUAUCUAUCUAUCUAUCCAUCUAUAUAUGAGCUGUCCAGAGCAAAUAAGCCAACACCACAGACACUAAGAACUUCUUUUCUGUCGUUGUUAUUGCAUGAAAGCGAGGAAUGUACGGACUUGAGCAAAAGCUGCUGGAGGUGACGAACGCGCGCACCGCCAACGUGCGCCACGUGAACCCUCUCUCCUGGUACGACCCGUUUCUGAGCUGGUUCCGCAGCAACUUCGACUCCACCGUGAACAAUGGCAUCCAAACCGCCCUGCAGAAGCUCAUCGAGAUCGGCGUCCCCAUCGCGGCCCGGUCUAUGAUCAACACCAUGUCCUACAAACUGGGUAACUCACAGCUGCCGGUCGACACCACCUUUGCCAAGUCGAGUGGGUGGGCCAUCGCCCUCAUCGUCGUGCUUUCUGUCGUCUGCGCGGCGGUGGUGGCGCUGGUAGCGUUUUGCAUCUGGUGGGAGCGCCGCCUGGAAAAGCGCAAGACGCGUACAGCGCGGAAGGCGGCGGCAACGAAUUGGAAUGAGGAGGAUGAGGAGGAGCACCCGCGCGUGCAAUCGCUCUCCAACUCACGCGGAAGCCGCAGCAGCGAUGACGACUUCGAUGAUGAUGAUGAUGAUGAUGAUGAUGAUGCACGCACGUCCUCUUUUGUGUCAGGCAGCGACAGCAGCGAAAGCGAUAGUGCAAGUGACGGCGACGAAGACACGGGCGAGGUGGAGGUGUUGACGCGGCAGACGCUGAAUUGA